ACGGGCACGCGGUCAAGAGAAGCUUCGCCCCUUCCGACGACGACGACGACAGCGCCACCUCCCUCCACUAGGCCGGCCCAACCGUGUCCGUCUAUAUAACCUCCACCCCAUCCAUGGCUUCCCGGCAUCCUCAACCGCAUCCACUCAUCCAUCAUCCCCACCUCUCACCUCUCACCUCCGUCUCCUUUCCAUUCCACCACCAAGCAAACCAAACCAAAACCAAACCAUGUGCCCGGGCCUCCGCAACGCCACCGCCGCCUGCGCCACCCACGACCACCCCUCCUCCUACCUCCUCGAGCUCGCCGCCGACGACGACCUGCCCGCCUUCCGCCGCGCCGUGCUGGAGGACAACCUCUCCCUCGUCGCCGCAUCCCCGUGGUACGGCCCAUCUCCCAAGCCCACCAACACCACCAACAGGCUGGCGCUCCACCUGCGCACCCCCGCCAUGGUCGCCGCGCUCUACGGCAGCACCACCGUCCUCUCCUACGUCCUCUCCAUCGCCCCCUCCGAGGCCGCCCGCGCCUCCGCCUCCGACGGCGCCACCCCGCUCCUCCUCGCCCACCAGGGCCGCGCGCCCUCCGCGCCACACGCCGCCCGCCUCCUCCUCAGCGCCGGCGCCUCAUCCUCCGACCUCCUCGCACUCGACCACCACCACCGCCACCAAAACAGACUCCCCACCAGCCCCACCAAGAAACAACAACAACCAGACUCCUCCUCCUCGCCGGCGGAGGCCACCGCCAGGAGGACAACCAAAAAGGACUACUCCUCCGACUCGGCCCAGACGGAGGACAUCAACGCGGGCGUGUUCGCCACCGACGACUUCCGCAUGUACAGCUUCAAGGUGAACCCGUGCUCCCGCGCCUACACGCACGACUGGACUGAGUGCCCCUUCGCCCACCCGGGGGAGAACGCCCGCCGCCGCGACCCGCGCCGCGUCCCAUACUCCUGCGUCCCCUGCCCGGACUUCCGCCGCGACCCGGCAGCAUGCCGCAAGGGCGACGCCUGCGAGUACGCGCACGGCGUCUUCGAGUCAUGGCUCCACCCGGCGCAGUACCGCACCAGGCUCUGCAAGGACGAGGUCGGCUGCCCCCGCCGCAUCUGCUUCUUCGCGCACGGCACCCGCCAGCUCCGCGCCGUCAACCCCUCCGCCGCCUCCAUGGCCUCGCCAUCCCCGAGCUCCUCGCCUUCGCCGCCGCGCUCCUCCUCCUCCUCCUCCAGGCCGGCGCUCACCGCGUCGCUCAGCUCGCGGGAGCUCGACUUGGACGCCGACAACCAGAACCAGUACGCGCGCAGGAUGAUGAUGGCCAGGGCCAACUCGCCGCCGGACUACUCGCCCGGCCUCGUCGCCGCCUACGUGCAGGCGCUCUCCUCCCUGCAGCACCAGCAGCAGCAGCAACAGCAGCAGCAGCAGCAGCAACAGCAGCACCAGCAACAACAGCAUAGCAGCGCGCGCGGCAACACGAAGCCGCCCAUGGGGAUGGGGGGGCUGAGCGCCCGCGCCGCCGCCUUCACCAACCGCAGCCAGACCUUCGUGCACCGCUCCCCGUCCCCGGCGGCGGCGUCGUCCAUGCUGGCGGACUGGGGGUCGCCGGACGGGAAGCUGGACUGGGGCGUGCAGGGCGCGGAGCUGCGCAGGUCCACGUCUUUCGGGGUCAGAAGCAGCAACAGCAGCAGGGGGCAGGAGGACAUGUACUCGUCGUGGAUGAACGACGGCGGCAGCGACAUGCUGGCGGCGCGGUGGUCGGACCUGGAGCAGAUGGUCGCCUAGUUAAUUAAUUCACAUUUUCGUUUCAGACUCCAGUAUAUAAGGAGAAAAAGAAAUAUGUAAUCGUUUUUUGUUUUUUUUCAAACUUGUUGUGCUCGAACACUGAUAAAAAGAAAAUUUCACGCCCAA